AUGUCAAGUCAAUCGGGUAUCACUGCCGAUGUCGCACUACUAGAUAAAGUUGGUUCUUUGCUCGAAAAUAGCUCUGUGGGAGCGGUGGUGAUAGCAGAAAUCUCGUCGGACUAUACCACGGUGCAAUUGCACUCUACCCUUUCCAAUUUGCAAGAGCUCCAAAAGUUCACUUCCAACAACGCAGGUCCCUUCUAUUUGUUCAUCCGUGAUGAAUCGGGAAUCGUCUUUGUCUCCUACGUCCCGGAACAUUCGGCCGUGCGUGCCAAAAUGUUGUAUGCUUCCACGAAAAACACCGUCUUGAGGCAAUUGGGUUCUAAUCACAUCUCCAAGCAAAUACUUCUUUCGUCGCCAGCAGAAUUGGUUCCGACCUCCUGGAGCUCCGACACUUUCUCCGACAACAAUGCCCCUUUAACAGAGGCAGAACAGAUCAGCGCCACCAUAUCUAGACAACAGGAAAGUGCCAGAGGGGGUCGCCAGUUGGUUUCUCAGACUGGUGGUACCUCGCACACGCUGUCUUUCAAGAUAGCUAGUGGAGAUCCGAUUUCCAAACUCUUGGAAAUUUAUAACUUGGUGGUGUUUUCCAUCAACUUGGCCGAAGAACAAGUGGAAGUAAUGGACAAGAUCGACGUAUCGGCCACUUCCGAGGUCCCAAAGGUGCUGAAAGUCGGACAUCCCACCUACAAUGUGUACAAAACUGAGGAAAAUAAAGUGCAUUUCAUUUACAGUUGUCCCUCAGGCAGCAAAGUGAAGGAACGCAUGCUCUACGCUUCCAACAAGUCUGGCUUUAUCAAACACCUAUCGGAGGUUGACGGCUUGGUCAUGCAGUCUAUUUCAGAGAUCGGGGAUCCAGACGAACUUGAACUUUCGCGACUCAUCGAUCAACCUACCCCGGCAGCGCAGGACACUGCUAGCGGGGCACCUGACCGGCUCAAAUUUGACAGGCCCAGGAGACCUGGCAGAAGAACAUAG